AUGCUUUCCGAAGGCGCAAGAUUGAUCGGCGAGAGCGGCAAGAGCUAUCUCGCGGUCAGCCCACUGGGCCAAAGCAACGUCUGGACCGCUGUCGAACAGAGCAAGGAUCCAAACAAACCAGUCCAGGUGGUCGUCAUCAAAGAACCCGGCGAAGUCGAUACCCAACCAGGAUGGCCCAGCUUUCAGAAUGAGAUGGUUAUGCAUGAAGUCUUCAAGGACUCACCAGCCAUCAGACAGCAGGUUGACAGGAUCCCUCCCACCAAGGCCGGCGACCCUCCAAUGAUUGUCUUGGAGAUCACCGAAACCACUCUAUGGAUCGCACGUACGAAACGGCCCAUGUCGCUUGCCGAGAUCAAGACUGUCGCCAAAGACGUCCUUGUAGGCCUGCGCGACGUGCAUGCUGCCGGCCUGGUGUACGCCGAUCUCAAGCCUCAGAACAUCAUGGUCGAUGGGUUCAACGCCGAGUCGGAAGAGAAGGACGACCAUCUCAAGGCGAAACUAGGUGACCUAGGUCUUGUCAUGGAACCCAUGAACGGCAAAGUCCAGCCCAUCACGUACCGUGCCCCCGAAGUCUACCUCAAAGGCGACAUUACCUCUCGAGUUGAUGUAUGGGGCUGGGCUCUUAUCUACUGCCAUCUGCUCGAAGCCCGCACCCGCUUCUCCAAGACCGGCCUUUACGACGAUCUCGACACCAAGAACGGAGGCAUGGUCGAAAGAGAAGACGCCGUCAAGAGCGCGUUAAUGAACGACUACAAGCUACAAAACGACCCUGUUUACGGAAACGUCCCGCUGCCCGCAAACGACCCAAGCAAACAUAAAGGCGACCAGUGGGAACUUUUGCGCCAACGUGGUCUGGAAGAUGGAGAGGUUGAUUUCCUCAGAUGGGUCUUGAAGGCUGACCCCUAUCAGCGGCCGACUGUCAACCAGAUCUUGGAGAGCGGAUGGCUGGACAGGAGUGCAGAAGAAGUGGCUGCUGGCUUCACUCCCCCAGAAUUCGAGCAUCUGGAGUACGAUCCCAAGCGUGCGACCCCAGUCGAGUUCGCUGCACAAGAAAGGCAAGAGGCUUCCAACAACGAGCAGGAUCAAGGCCAAUAUUUUCGCCAGCCCGUCCAGCAGACCAGACCCGUAAUGUCGGAGAAGCGUUUCCACAGCGCUGAAGACGAGGUACCUGUCAAGAAGAUGUACGUGCCUGACGACUCGUUGACGGCGCCGGCAGAGCAGCAGCAAGCAGGCCCUGCCUCUGCUGCCAUUCCUACCNAGCCUGCUCAGACGAGCCCGUCAGCCGUACAGCCCACCCCGUUCAAGAGCGUGGAAACAAGCUCAACCCUGCAGCCUACUCCUUUCAAAGAUGUGGGUUCCUACUUCCAGGACACUGCGGCCCCUGUUUCAUCUAGCGGCAAUGGCUCUACCCAGAGCACUAUGGCUGCUACUCCGUUCAAGAGUAUGGACACGACUGAGACCAAAUUCAUCUCCACACCUUUCACAAGCUCCACGGAGAGCAAGAUGGUUCCAACUCAAUUCACAGAUGCCAACGCCAUAAGUGACGCCUCAGCCCCUGUGCCGUCCAUGAACGUCACCCAGAGCAACCAGUCUACUACGCAAAGACCUCCCUUGAACACGACCAACACUGGCACCUUCCUGUCGUACAAAUAA